GCAUGGGUUAAAAAACUUAACGUGGAGCGAUUUCAGUUCUACCAAUAGUAAUCGUUAUAAAUUUUAUUAGAUUUUUAAUUGAAAAUACUAACUUUCUUUUAAAUUAGGAACAGAAUGUUGCACAUAAAUAGUCUUCCAAUUAUUCUAUACAAUUACACAACUCAUUGAAAAUUGUUUACUUGAUUCUAUAUAUGUGUAUUUUUAAUCAACUAGAAACUGGACUUAAGAAUCUCUUCAGCAUUUUGGCGAAAUAUCUAAAUGCAAGAAAUUAAUGCACCUGACGCGCAACUUUUUUCCUCAGAAUGAAAGAUUAUAUUAAUAUUCUGUAAACAAUAUCGUUGUACGUUUAUGUUCAAUAAAUCAAACAACGAUGAAUAAGAUGCCACGAUAUCCAUCAGAUUGUAAAGUCUAUGUAGGAGAUUUAGGAAGUAGCGCAACAAAAGAAGAAUUAGAAGAUGCAUUUUCUUAUUAUGGAUCAUUAAGAAAUGUAUGGGUAGCCAGAAAUCCACCUGGAUUUGCUUUUGUUGAAUUUGAAGAUGCCAGAGAUGCAGAAGAUGCGAUAAGAGGACUGGACGGAAGAACUAUAUGUGGAAGACGAGCCCGUGUAGAACCAUCCAAUGGUAGAAGAUUAAGAGACAGAGGAUAUUUCAGAAGAGGUAUCGGAAGAUUAUUUCAUCCUGAAGACAGAUGUUAUGAAUGUGGCGAGAAAGGUCACUAUGCUAGAAAUUGUCAACGUCUUAGAAAUAUUCGUAAAAAGAGAUCUUACUCGAGGUCUUAUUCACGGUCAAAAUCACAAUCAAGAUCACGGUCUCGUUCACGUUCUCGUUCAAGAUCAAGAAGUAAGCAUUCAAGAUCUUCGUCCCGUAGCCGUUCUCAUAGUAGAAGCGACUAUGUCAAAGAAAAACGUCGUAAUAAACGGAAAUCUGAUUCCAAAGAUAAUAGUCCGCGCAGAAGUAGAUCUAAAUCUGUUUCUAGAUCUCGCAGCAAAUAAUAUGAAUUCAUGACUAUCAAAUGUAAUGCACAUCGCUUCUGAAACUAAUAUGAAUGAUACCGUCUACGAGGAUACGUUGCAUACGUAAGGAAUGUUUAAAUUACCAAGAAGCAAUACCUAUAUGUUACGUCGGAUCGUAGAGAGGUAAGGAAAAUCAGAAAGUGGGGUAAAGAGUGAAAAAAGAAAAGAAUACGUAGCGAUGUAUGUAAUUUCUUGUUCAUACGAUCUUUUGUAGCGAAUCGAGAAGCCUUGUAAGUUAUUUAAAAUAUCUUCAUACGUACGAACUACGUUUUAAAAAACUCAUACUUUUAUUUUUCAGUAUACGUUAUUUACCUCAACUAUUAAAAAAUUCAACAAACAGUAAUAUAACUUUUUAAUCUUGUUCUCUAUUUCUUAAUUAACAGUUUGCAUGAAAUUUGGUUCCAGUAUUUCGUUUAAUUUAUUUCAAACAGUGUGAAAUUAACUACACUUGAUUUUGAAUGUGACUUGUCAACCUUUUAAAGUAUAUUAUAAUUACCAUUUUUAUGGAAAGAUAAGUUGUAUCUAAAUGAUAGGUAAGGUUUUACUAUGUUUUACAAGGCAUGUGAGUGCAAUAAUUUAAAAAAUUAUUUAAACAUUAUAUUCUGCAUGUUAAGCGGGUAACAUUUUUUGUUUUAUAUUUUAAUACCGCUAAACUUUGUAUUAAAAAAAUGUAACAGAAAAAGGAUUUCUUUU